AUGCUUAAUUUAAACUUAAAGAUGAAUCGUCUGAUUAAAAUAGUACGCAAAAUACGAUACUUAUGACUAAAGUAGCCGAUUGCACUACGUUGUUAAAAAAACUCGAUUAUUUUCUUUUUUUUUUGCUCACACGGUGAAUGCGGCUCAUUAAGUCUCAGUCAUCGUGCAGAUAUUAUUGUACGAGUCAUAUGUACACGCGUAAUUAUCAUCAAAACAUAAAACUAAUUAAAAAUGAAUCGAAAACAUGAAUUUUAUAUUCUACGAGAGGAAUUUUUUUCGUAUCGACAUAUUGCUAUGCGAAUGUCUGUACGUCAAAAUAAUGAUUUCAUUUCAUAUUAGCUUUUGCAUUUCUGAUGGCUCUUUGAUAUAUUUAUUUUAUAAUCACUUUUAAAUGAUGUUAUUUUUUUGGUAAGACCUUAAUUACAAAGCCGGCCUGUCUUAGAGAUAAAAAGCAAUGGAUAUAACAAACCAUAUAUAAGGUUGUAUGAAAGAAGCCUGCACUCCAUUAUCAUAUCACUUGUGCUUUGCAGAGAAGACAAAAAUGAAUCUAUUUCUGUACAUCGUUGUGUUCGUCUUAGCUUUUUCGAUCAAGAAGCAAGUGAAUGCUGAAAAGCUAAAGACCAGUCAUAACAAUCAGAUGAUUCAAAAUGUGGAGCCUCAGAUAAAGCUGAUAAGUUACAAGAGUAAUAGGCUUAACGAGAAAUAUUUGACUCUACAUUCAUAUGCAAUCGAGAAACAUAAUGCUACCUAUAACAGACUCAAAAAAAGAAUGACUGUAAAUCGGGAUUUUCCACCUAUUUCAAGUGAAGUUGAAGUGUAUGCUACGGAUAAAAAUUAUGAAAAUUACAAACAUCUACUAACAUUGGAUUUCCCUGUCUGCUCAGAAAAUCGUUAUCGUGAACUUUUGCCCAAAGCCCUGGUAUUACCCAAAACCAUAUUAAAAGACAACUGCUUCAAGAAAGGAGAGUUUAAUUCUGAUGAUUAUGGAGUAUUCAGAUUUGAAGUAUUAAUACCUAACAUUCAUGAGAUCAGUGACUACUACAAAGUUGACAUAAAUAUAACUACGGUUGAUCGCAGGGAAGUUAUAGCUGAAGAUACUGUAUUUGCCGAAUGGGGAUAUUUGCAUCUCAAUAAAAAAACCGCUGCCAAUUCUUUGGCACGUAGCUUCCUCCAACAAAAUUUAUAGUUCCAAUAGAUACAAUAUUGUUGAAAUAUAUAGUAUAUUGAUAAUCUCUAAAAUACUUUCAAUCUUAAUUAUUUUACUAAAGGAGCAGUCGUCACAAUAUCAAAUCAUAUAAUUUUCAUGAAAAAAUUUAAACCUUAUUAUUUUAAGUACCAUAGGGUCCUCAUAACCUCAUAAAAUCAUGAAUUUCCUCAAAACAUUCUGAACUUUAGUUAGCGAGUUAUAAGGUUUAACAAAAACAGUAAUUUUCAGUUAUACAGGGUAUACAGGGUAAAUGAUAAAGAAUUUGAAUCAUAAUAUCUUUUAAACUAAAUGGUUUUAUAAGCUGCAAAAAAAACCUAGCCGAGGUGAUAAAUAUAAAUAUUUUCCUAAGAUUUAAAUUUAAAUAAAGCCUUUUUACUCUCGUAAUCGCGUACGACAUAGAAAAUCCAUAUUUUCUAGUUUUCAAUUUUGAGCUCGAAAACUAGUCAUCAAAAUGGUUUAAAAUUUUUACAGCAAAUAGAUAUUAUCGUUUUUUAUUGUCAUAAAUUUUCUCAAAAAGUUUGACAAUUUAGUUUUAGAGAUAUUAAAUUUGUUUUAAAACACUUUUUAUCAUACAAAUUGAACGGAACAGUCAAUUUGGAAAAUCUUGCGGGAAAAAUUAGGCAAUUUUGCUCUUGUAGAUACACUAUUAUUGAAUAUAUAGUAUGAAUCAUAUCAUCAAAAAAAAGCAAAAAUAUUUUUUCAAAAAUCGAUAAAUGGCUAUAAUAUGGCCAUAAAAUUGUCAGAAUCAUAACAAAAAAUUUUCCCGAAUUCAGAAUCAGAUAACAUAUGUCAAAUUUUAUUCACACACAUCUAUCGGCAUGGACGUUUUCUAAAAACGCAUGAUUCGAACUCGAAAUAACUCCAAAUACGCGUUUCUACGAAGUUUUAGCGAAACUGAAAAUUGUACUAUUACAAUAAGCUUUCUCUAGGAGGAAGCAAUAAAUUAUCAGACAUCGAUUGCUAUAUUUUAUGUGAAAAUAUCAUUGGAGAAUAUCAAAUAAACAUGAUUAUUUUAUGAGCAUACGUUUUAUCAUGUACGCAAUACAUUAUUAAUUUACCAAAAGCUGGGUGUAACCAUUACCUCUGUUCUACUUUUUUAAUAUUAUGUAUUGCAUGCGUAUACCGUUAAAGAUUAUGUACCAAGGAUUAAUAAGUCAUAACCCAGGCUUCUUCUUUCUAAUGUUUCUAUUCUUUUGAGCCAGAUGUCUAGAUAGCUUUCGAGGAUAAAACUAUUUCCGAUACACUACCAGCACUAUCUUAAGAGAAAUUACUAACUUAUAAGUAAAGAUAAUAUUACAAUACUAAUUAAAAUAAAUUGAUUAUCUUUGAAGUGCAUAAACAAUUUUUUUUAUAAAUAUGAAUUCAUAAUCCCUUUAUCCCACACUAAAAAAUUCCAUUCACACCAUAUAGCAAUAGAGUUUAUGUUGCUAUGUCUCCGAAAUACACAGGGCCCUUAUGGAGCUUCAUUAAAAAAUAUAGAAAUAUAAACUUUUACACGAUAAAAAAUCUUGUCAGCGUCCUUACACACU